GUUAUUGUUGAACUGCCAGAAUGUUCUCCCUGUCCAUGAUGGUGGGACUGGUUCCCAUUGUGUCUCUUUGUGGUUUGUUCUUCUCUGCCGCUGUGGAUGAGAACUUCCCUCAGGGCUGCACCAGCAGCAACAGUCUGUGUUUCUACAGCCUGCUGCUGCCGGUCACCAUCCCAGUCUAUGUCUUCUUCCACCUUUGGAGCUGGAUGGGGAUCAAGCUCUUCAGGCACAACUAGACUUAGAAUGUUAAAGGUUCUCAUCCAGAAAAAUUUAUAUAUUUUCUGACGUAACUUGGGAUUUUUCAGCUCCUUGAGUUCAUGCUUGAUACGUAUUUUUCAAACAACAAUGCAGAGCUCUUAGAAAUCUGCCAAGAUGGAGGUAUUCUGGAUUUUUUUUUCUGUACCCCGACACUAGUCUCAGUGUAAAUGUCAAACGCCUGUGUAUACAACCUAAAGCUUCUGUUUCUAUAGAGAUUAAACAAAUAAAUCUGUGCUGAAUCCUCU